ACCCCUUUUUAAGAAUUGCAAGUCCUAUGCAAAAAAUAGUAGUUAGUACUUUAGCAGACGUCAAAAUCACACGAAAUUUCCAACAUCCAAAGUUUAGAAACAAUUUCAAUUUAGUAGCAGAAAAAACUAAAAAGGGUUCGUUUUUCUUUUUACAGUGUGUUUGGUAUUUUUUUCUUUUCUUUUUAGUUCUCUACUUUUGUCUCUAACAAGUAGCAACCAUGCUGUUGCAGUCUAGUUUUGAAACUUUAACACCAAAUUCAAUGCAAAACUUCAUAUUUGAGGCGGACGAUUAUGAAUUUGGCACAUUUGAUUGGUUUUUGUAUGCGGGAAUAUCAUGUUUUCUUGUAAUAUUUGCUGGGAUUAUGUCUGGUCUUACUCUUGGUUUAAUGUCUCUGGGCCUCGUUGAGCUCGAAAUUCUUCAGCGCAGUGGCACCUCUACUGAGAAGAAACAAGCAGCUGUUAUUCUACCAGUUGUCCAGAAGCAGCAUCAGCUUCUUGUCACCUUGCUUUUAUGUAAUGCUUGUGCGAUGGAAGCACUGCCCAUAUACUUGGAUAAGAUUUUCCAUCCUUUUGUCGCAGUUGUGCUCUCUGUUACCUUUGUUCUAGCUUUUGGUGAGAUAAUUCCACAAUCCAUUUGUACAAGAUAUGGACUUGCUGUGGGUGCAAAUUUUGUUUGGCUCGUGCGCGUUCUUAUGAUAAUUUGUUAUCCCAUAUCUUAUCCUAUCGGGAAGGUUCUGGAUGCAAUACUUGGACAUGAUACUGUCUUAUUUAGGCGAGCUCAACUAAAAGCCCUUGUCUCGAUACAUAGUAUGGAGGAAGGUAAGGGUGGAGAACUUACACAUGAUGAGACAACGAUAAUCAGUGGAGCACUGGAUUUGACAGAGAAGACUGCUGAAGAGGCAAUGACACCAAUAGAAUCAACAUUUUCCUUGGAUGUAAACUCCAAGCUUGAUUGGGAAGCAAUGGGAAAAAUACUUGCACGUGGUCACAGUCGUGUUCCUGUAUAUACUGGAAACCCAAGAAACAUUAUAGGACUGUUGCUGGUGAAGAGCUUACUCACAGUACGACCAGAAACUGAAACUCCAGUCAGCGCCGUUUCUAUUCGUAGAAUUCCUCGGGUUCCAGGAGAUAUGCCCCUGUAUGAUAUCCUUAAUGAGUUUCAAAAGGGAAGCAGCCAUAUGGCUGCAGUGGUGAAGGUCAAAGGAAAAGGCAACGGCAUUCAACAAGUCAGCAACAAAGAAACAGAAAAAGCUGGCACUUUGAAUACUGAUUUAUCAACCCCUUUGCUUCCGAAAGCUGAUAAAAUAUCAGAUUCUCUUGCUCUCAAUAUGGAUCAGCAGCUAUGGGCAGGAAAAAGGAAUAAUCAAAUUCCUAGCCAAAAUGAUGACGCAACAAAUGGCUUUCGUGAUUUUCCUGAAGAUGUUGAAGAUGGUGAUGUAAUUGGCAUUAUUACCUUGGAAGAUGUCUUUGAGGAACUCUUGCAGGAAGAGAUUGUUGAUGAGACUGAUGUGUAUGUUGAUGUACAUAAAAGGAUACGAGUGGCAGCGGCAGCAGCGGCAUCAUCUGUUGCAAGAACUCCACCAGGCCGUAAGCUAAUUGGUCAAAAGGUGGGAGAGCAGAACAGGCAAGUCCAAGCUGUGAAGAAAUCCGAGCAAAACUUACGCAGCAAAUGAUACCCAUAAAUCUUUUCUGUUCAAUGAUAAGAGCCAUAAUUGCAACCAGUCUGAAAUUUUAUUUGUGUAUUCCUCGAUUCUCUUUGUACCCAAAUUCCCCAAGAAAAAUUUCUUAGUAGAGUGAGGUGAGCUUAAUCCUCUCCUAUACUACACGUGUCGGAUGUGAUACUGUAAUAUGAGUUGUAAGGUAGAUCUGUAUCUAUUACGUUAGCAAACUAGUUCACUGAUGUAUUGCAAGUAGCAGAAUAAAGGGAUCUAGUGAUUUACUGUCAAA